AAAUCUCGUCGCCUCUCGUCCCCUCUUCAAUCCGGCCGCUCCGCGUCGGCCGCGUCGAAUUCGGAGGUUGUGCUGCUCCGCGUGCGGCCUACCCCGCGGACCAGAUGGACACCAGCGCCCCGACUCCGAGCCCCUCCUCCCUCCAGCACCCCCCUCUACCCAUGACACAGCGGCAGCCCCGCUCACGACUCAACGCCACAGCUUCGAUGGAGGAGGAGAAGACGGGGGUGCCUCCAGCCCCUGGACCCCAGGCUGGACCUGGAUCUGUCCCUGCCAUGCCCCAGAGGCCUCAAGCCCAGAGCCAGGAACGGGCGGAAAGAGCAGGUGAAGGGGCUGCUAGGGGUGCUGGGGACCCUCCAUUUGAAGAAGUCCUGGAGAAGGCUAAGGCUGGAGACCCCAAGGCGCAGACGGAGGUGGGGAAGCAUUACCUGCGGCUGGCAGGGCUAGCAGACGAGGAGCUCAACAACUGCUCGGCCGUUGACUGGCUCUUGCUGGCUGCCAAGCAAGGCCGGCGUGAGGCUGUGAAGCUGCUGCGCCGCUGUCUGGCUGACAGGAGAGGCAUCACCUCUGAGAACGAGGAGCUGGUGAGACAGCUGUCCUCGGAGACCGACCUGGAGCGCGCUGUGAGAAAAGCUGCCCUGGUCAUGUACUGGAAGCUGAACCCCAAGAAGAAGAAGCAGGUGACCGUGUCAGAGCUGCUGGAGAACGUGGGCCAUGUCAAUGAGCAGGAUGGAGGGGUGCAACCAGGCCCUGUUCCCAAGUUCCUGCUGAAGCAGAGACGGGUGCUAGAGCGCUUGGUGAGCAGUGAAUCCAAGAGCCACCUGGCGCCGGACGACUUUGUAGAGCUCACCAAGAAGUACGCGAAAGGCAUCGUCCCCCCCAACCUGAACCUACCAGAUGGAGAUGACGAUGAGGACGAUGAGCUGGCGGGGAGGGGCCCAGAGGAGCUGCCACUGCGCCAGAAGGUGAUGAAGUACCCACUGCACGCCAUCAUGGAGGUGAAGGAGUACCUGAUCGACAUGGCGUCUCGUGCUGGCAUGCACUGGCUGUCCACCAUCGCCCCCACGCACCACAUCAAUGCCCUGAUCUUCUUCUUCAUCAUCAGCAACCUCACCAUCGACUUCUUCGCCUUCCUAGUGCCCCUGGUGGUUUUUUACUUGUCCUUCAUCUCCAUGGUCAUCUGCACGCUCAAGGUCUUCCAGGACAGCAAGGCCUGGGAGAGCUUCCGCUCCCUCACGGGGCUGCUGCUGCGCUUCGAGCCACAGCUCGAUGUGGAACAGGCCGAGGGCAACUUCAGCUGGAACCACCUGGAGCCCUACUUGCACUUCUUGCUCUCUGUCUUCUUUGUCAUCUUCUCCUUCCCCGUGGCCAGCAAGGACUGGAUCCCCUGCUCCGAGCUGGCCACACUCUCCAUCUUCUUCACCAUCACCAGCUACAUGAGCCUGGGCGUCUCGGCCGAGCCCUACACCCGGCGUGCCCUGCUCACGGAGGUGGCAGCCGGUCUGCUGUCCCUCCUGCCCAGGCUGCCUGUGGACUGGCCGCCACUGAAGCUUUUGGGCCAGACCUUCUUCACGCUGCCCGUGGGCGACGCUGUGGUCCUCAACGCCAGCCUGCCCUGCUUGCUUUACGCCUACCUGCUCUUCCUCUUCUUCCGCAUGGCCCAACUCCGGAACUUCAAGGGCACCUACUGCUACCUGGUGCCGUAUCUGGUAUGCUUCAUGUGGUGUGAGCUGGCUGUGGUCCUGCUGCUGGAAGCCACCGCACUGGGCCUGGUCCGUGCCUCCCUCGGCUACUUCCUCUUCCUCUUCGCCCUCCCGGUGCUGACAGGCUGCCUGGUGCUGCUGGGUGUCGUGCAGCUGGCGCGCUGGUUCGUGACCCUGGGACUCACCAAGAUCGCCGUCACCCUCCUGGCCUGCAGCGUGCCGCUGCUUCUGCGCCGCUGGACCAAGGCCGGCGGCGUGUCGGUGCUGGGCCUGCUGCAGUCGGUGUCGCGGAGCUCCCUGGUCAAGCUCAUCCUGGUAUGGCUCUCGGCAGUGGUGCUCUUCUGCUGGGUCUACGUGUACCGUUCCGAGGGCAUGCAGGUGUACAACUCCACGCUGAGCUGGCCGCAGUACAGCGCCCUGUGCGGCCCACGCGCCUGGAAGGAGACCAACAUGGCCCGCACACAGAUUCUCUGCAGCCACCUGGAGGGCCACCGCGUCACCUGGACAGGCCGCUUCAAGUACGUGCGAGUGACCGACAUCGACAACAGCGCCGCGGCAGCCAUCGAUCUGCUGCCCUCGGCGCUGGGUGACUGGCUGCGCUGCUUGUACGGCGAGCCCUAUCCCACCUGCACGCCUGACCCUGGCACUGCCACAGUCCCCGAGGAGCUGUGUCGCCUGCAGCAGCUGGCCAAGCGCCCAUGCCACCUCAAACGCUUUGACCGCUACAAGUUUGAGCUCACCGUGGGCAUGCCUCUGGGUGGCGGCAGCGGCGGUCCUGAGGACGACGACGUGACCAAGGACAUCGUGCUUCGCGCCAGUAGCGAGUUCCGGGAGGCGCUGCUGCAGCUGCGCCACGGGAGCCUGCUGGAGUUCAGCACCGUGCUCGAGGGCCGCCUGGGCAGCAAGUGGCCCGUCUUUGAGCUCAAGGCACUGCGCUGCCUCAACUGCAUGGCCCAGCUGGCGCCUGCCAGACGCCAUGUCAAGGUGGAGCGGGACUGGCGCAGUGUGGCUCAUGGCGCCCUCAAGUUCGCCUUCGACUUCUUCUUCUUCCCCUUCCUGACGGCUGUCUGAGCCUGAGUGUGUGUGCAUGUGCCACCCCGAGUGUCUGCAGCCCCGUAGGAGCACACGUGUGCAGCAGCCCAAGUGUAUGUGACCUCAAGUAUGUAUGUGCUCAAUCCCUUAAUGUGUUUGCAUGACUCCUGAGUGUGUACAACCCAAUUGUAUCUGAUGCCAAGUAUGUGUGAUGAUCCCUGAGUAUGUGCUUGUGUGACUACCAAGUAUGUGUCUGACCUCUGAUUGUGUGUGUGUGUGUAUGUGUGUGUGUGCGCGCGUGUGUAUGCGCGCGCGCACGCGCGCACGUGCAGUCCCAGGGGACCUGCUGUCCAGGGUAGUCCCUCCCUCCCACCCUGGCCCAGCCGCUUUUGAUCUGUCCCCUGAACCCCUCAUCCUCACCUCCUUGACACCGCAUGUGCCCACGGUGCCCACGGCUCUGAGUGAAUCUAGAUUGGCACCCCUGUGUCCCCAAUGCACUUUACUGGCCCUCCCCCAUUGCCUUGAGGGUCUGUGUGUGAAGCACCCGCCCCUACUUCCUUUCUAUUUAUUUCUAUUUAUUGCCACUGAUCUUCCCUGAGCAUCGCCCCCCAGUUGCCUCCCCCCUCCCCAUGGUGGACAGAGUCUGGGCAGACGUUGUGCACUGCAGGGAGUGACAAUAGAGUGUCUCCCCACAGCUGCCCUCCCAAGCCCCGGGAAGCUUACCUGGGGCUUUCAGGCAAUUG